GUACCUAGUAACCUAGUAUUUAAUCCAAUCCAGCGUCAUUGCAACUUGGACAUACACAGGUAGCUGGUAUGCACCUAUGCAGACAAACAGGGACUUAAAAGUUAUCGAUUAAAUCAUACAUGGAAAUGAACUUUUUGACCCAGAAGAAGUAGAAAAUAUUAUCACUGUCCGAUAGUACCACUUCUUCCUUCACCGACACUUAUUUACCUACAUUGUGACAAUAACAGACUACCUACCUACAUAUGCCAGUGUAGGCUAUUCGACAACAAAGGCUUGGUUCAAGAACGCCACUCCAAUUAACUUCUCUUGUUCACGGAGUUCAUCGAGUCCGUCAUCUUUUUAGCGCCUACAUUUUCCACUUGGCGUGGGGCGAAUCCUCAGAUCAAAUAGAUCAAAUACAGUAUCUACACUUUGCGAUUUUAACGCUCAUCGCGAUAUACGAUAUACAACUCCCGAGUGUCUUUGGAUGAUUAAGAUCAUCGCCAAAACUCACCUACGUGUCCGCGCGCUCUAACCCUGAUCCAAACACCAUUGCGAUACUAUCUCGCUGAACGCAUUGGUGCCCGAAAAACAGCCCACCAUAACAUUGCUUGUUUUAAAUCCUCCACCGUCAUCAUGCGUCAGGAUGGCUGAUAAUACUUUUACCGACUCCACGCCUCUUUCUCCUCAUCCUCGACAUCCCUUUCCCGUUCCUCUCACCACCAACUCAUCCUGCUCCUCCUUUCACGAGAUGCCGCGCACCAGAAGACUCCGGCUGCUCGUAGCAGCAAAUGGCCAGCGCGAUGUCGCCUAUGCCCAGGCCAUCGCCAUACGCCUACUUAAGGACUCGCAAAUCGAAACUCGAGCUCUCGUCGAUGAGAUUCCCACACGAUUAACACACGAUAUUAUCGUGAUGGAAAACAGAAGUUUAGCCACGUUGGCCAUCGAUGCCGGUCUGAGGACAAGAGACGCCAUAGAAUCGGCUAGACAGACGGCCUUCGAGUUGGUCGACUGGGCUGACCUACUCGUCCUAGCGCCCAUCGAUGCCGACCAUCUUGCCAAAAUGAUGUCAGGCGUUGCCGAUACUACCCUCUUGGAGAUACUGAGAGCUUGGGAUGUUUCCAAGAAGAUCUUGUUGGUGCCGGGCAUGUCGAUACAGAUGUGGGAAAAUCCCAUGACGAAGAAGCAGUUGAGCAAGAUUAAGCGCAAGUGGAACUGGGUCAAAGUCAUGGCGCCCGUAUUAUGGCAUUAUGAAGGACAGAGUGCAUAUAAGCGUACGGUGUCCUGGGAAGGCUUCAACGAUCUUGUCGGUAUCAUAAAAAAUCAAGCGGAGCUUAUGAGUCUUGGGCACGAUGUCGAAGUUGCCACACAGCAAGCCAUGCUCACUACAACCGCGAGCCGGUCUACAAAAACGUUGCCGCCAGAGAUAUGGACUCUCAUAUUCGAACAUGUUGGGGAUUGGGAAGUUGCCACAGCCCUCAACGUAUAUACCACCUUGAAAAUACCACCAGAGUGGAGGACUGAUCGUUCGACCUUGAAAGACCCCCUCGAACUAUACAUGCAUGACCUUGAAUGGCUGAUACUAUCAUGCCAGGGGUCGGCAGCUAUCUGUCAAAAACUUUCCGAGGCACCCAAAACACUCCGCUAUGUCUCUUAUUUAGCAGUCAAACUCAUCAUCAAAUUCUCAUUGACCAGCGUUCUUACUUACCUGGAAGCUAAUCUCAGCAAAGUCUUUUGGGCAUCAUUUAGCUCCAAAUUACUCCCUAACAAGGCGUCUGGAGUGUAUGGUCGCACCGAUAUUCUCGAUUGGUGGAACACCUCUCCAUCGUUCUUGAAAAAGGAAUACGACGCGGAAGCAUUAGAUAACGCUUCUCGCAUGGGCUACGUUCAUGUUUUAGACUGGUGGUUGCGUUCAGGUCUGACGCUCAAGUAUACCGAAACAGCACUCGAGUCAGCUUCAGCAAAGGGGCAUCUCCUUGUCUUGGAGUGGUGGAGAGACGCAGCAUUGAAACACGACAAUAUCCUAUUAAAACCCGGGCGGAGUCUUCUGACUGCAGCUCAACAGGGGCAGACAGCAGUACUCCGCUGGUGGGAGUCCUCGGGUAUCCCCGCAGCGAACAGCGAAGGCGUUUGCAAGAUUGCUAGCGCCCAUGGACAGACGGCUGUACUAGACGUAUGGCGGGAGCUCAAGGGGGAUAAGUUGUCGUUCGAUUCCCAGGUCCUGGUGGCACCGACAAAGCAGGGCUACGUCGAGGUGCUGGAGUGGUGGAAGCGGUAUGCUCGCGGAGAGCACGAAGGUGACGGGAGAACGCACCGGGUCGAAUACAAGACAUGUGAUAUCGAAGAGGCGCUCGAGGAUGCCAUUGGAGACCCAAGACCGGUUCGCAAGUGGUGGGCUAAGAAUGGCUUGAACUUGGGACUGGGGACAAACGAAUGGAUGAAGACGAAACGGCUUUGAGAAUGAGUUUAGUUGCCGUAGACAAACAUAGUUUGUGAUGGGAUACUUCUUUGAGAGGGACCAUCCAGGUUGAACAUUAACAUCAAACAUUACCUAGGUAUCUUGGAAGUCUUGAAGUGUGAAUGCCGAAUUCAUAGGUACGGCGAACUUUUAUCUAUAUAGUAAUCAGAAGUGAUACUGAACUAUAUAAUAAUUAUUGAC